UAGACGUUCAGGAGGAUCGACUAUCUUUUUUCCGCACUUUUAAAGUUGGAAUAAUUUUUACCCUUGUCUUAAAUCUGGCUGGAUGUGAUGAUCCAAAUGUAGUUGUUUUUGAAGAACUGAUAUAAAGGUAGCGACAUGGAUCUGUGGAUUAUUGGACGAGAUAAACGAAAUUUGUGAAAUUGCCUUUUUGAAUACGGAGUGAUUUGAUAUAUCACCAAGCUGAAUAUUUCUUCAAAGUCUCGGACCCGACUCCUAGGCAAUUGAAUUCAUUGCGCAGUCGCUAUACUGUCAUCUCAAGCGAACAAUCUCAAGAUGAUACCUAAACGAAUUAUAGUCCAAUCUGCUACGUUUGACGUAGACUUUUGUAAUUUUUUCUCAAGUUUCUCCAUAGAAUGUUCUGGUGGUGCAAUUAAAACAGACAGUUUAGAUUUGAUGGUACCAUUGCAGACACUCACCAGUUCAUAUUCCCUGUUUUCACCCGCUUUUAGUUCACGUUUUGUAGAUACUGUUGCAAAAUAUACAGGACUGCGCAUUGCUUUGAGUGUUGGUAAAACCGACUUACCCGAGGAUGUAAAGUAUUAUCUAGGAGACGAUGCAUCUAACUCAUCGUUAGAUGUUAUUUACAUCACAUAUUUUUUGAAGGAAGAUCUUCUUGACUUAACGAUGGCAUUUGUUCCGGCUGUGUGCUCUGGACUGGUGAAUCAACCAGACUUACAUUUUAACAGCAUACUGGCUAAAUUUGCACACCAAUUACUCAAAACACCUGCUCUAGCUCAGGUUUUUUCAACAAAAGAGUCUACAAGUGGUGUCUUUCUUGAUCUUGUGCAAUUCAGUAUGGACGCUUAUAACGCUCUCGCUACCUCAGCAAAUUCAAACACAGAUGAACGUCCAGCCCAAGACUGUUUUAGGUGGUUAAGAGUGGUGUUAAACUUUUUGGAUUCAGAGGCGGAGAAAUUCUCAUGUGCGGCCACGGGAUUCGCGUUUAGAGUUUUACCGCAUGCUGUGAGUUCGGACAGAGUUCUUGCAGAGCAAACCAGGCCGAUGAUGUGUCUGUCACCCAUAGCAAAAACAACUGUUUUGCAUCGGGAAGAAGAGGAUAAUUAUGAGUUUCAGCUGGCCACUACAAAAAGAGAAAGAAAAAGAGGAAAAAGAAUCAUGAAGGAAGAGAUUCCCAUAAGCGUGCGAGACGCGAGGAGCACCAUCCUGAACGUCGUCCUCUGCUUGCCGAACAGGUCUAUGAUGCAGACAAUGCUCACGCAGCCCCGCAGACAGUCCUUCCAGAUUCGCCUACACCUCACCGGGAAGAAGGAGAAGAUAAUCAUGAGCUGGCCACUACAAAAAAGAGGAAGAAAAAGAGGAAAAAGAAUCAUGAAGGAGAGCAUUUUGUUGGGGACAUACGCGCGGUGUCCGAAGGUGUUGAAGUCGAUCCUCCUGAACGUCAUCUCCUGCUUGCCGAAGAGGUCGAUGAUGCAGACAAUAGAGAGGUUGCGAACCGUCCCGACUCCCACUCCCACUCCGAGUUCAACUCGAGUCGUUCUCGGAACUCGUGACGUCGAAAAGUAGGUUGCGCGCACCAACGGGAACCGAGUUGGGAGACGUCAUUCGGCCAGCUUGCGAGUCACACGGCCAAACUGGAAAUCAACCAAAUUAACGACGUACGAGAAAAAAAGUAAAUAAAGCAGACGAAAUAUUCUACAACUUUGGUGAUUUACAGCUAGUAAAAAGCCGUUUCCUCUGUAACAUGUGCGUAUUUCUAUUGUAAAACUACGAAUUACUUCAGUCCUAAGAUAACUAGAUCCAAAAAGUACAGAGGGGAACAGAGUUUCAUUCAUAAAACUAUAUUUUGGGGCGACAGGCCUACGACGUGCGAGUCUUCCUGUCCUCCAAUAUCACGCACAGUCAGUACACGGCCGUUCUACACAAUUUUGAACACUUCAAAAACAACAAGUUUUCUACGUCUUUUACACAAAAAAUCUUGUUACAACUUAGGUGACGUGCUAGAACAGUGUGUAAGGGAUAUUGCUUCUUCAUUGUCACUUGAUUUAGAUGUCUAAAAGGUAAGAUAAUGCAAGUGGGAGAACACUUACGAGUUCGCGGCCUCCAACUCGUAAAAUCGUCCGAGUUCAUGGAGCAAGACGGGGAAAUCCCUCGUGAAGUGAUGACGUAAUACGCCAAAACGGAAUCACCUCGGAGUGGGAGUGGGAGUGGGGACGGUCCGCAACCUCUCUAAUGAUCACGCAGCCCCGAAAACAGUUCUUCCAGAUUCGCCUACACCUCACCGGGAAGAAGUAGAAGAUAAUCAUGAGCUCGUCAAAGAGAAAAGGGGAAAGAAGAAGAAAAAGACGAAGAAUCUUGUUGAAGAUAAAGGACGCGGAUACAUGUAUCAGGUGUCUUCCGGCGAAAACAGUUGAAUGCAAAUCGAUCCGGAUGCGUCCGAGGAAAACGAAUUGCGUACAGAUGUUGAAGUCAACCCCCCUGAAUGUCGCGCGAUGCUCAUAGCUGCAUCAGUCGAUGAUGAGGAUGAUCCUCAAUCUCUCGGGCUUUUCUGGCGACGGUUGCAGCGCCGGAUGGACGUGAGUUCGCUCACUUUACCGGAGCGAAAUUUAGCAUCAUUUUUUGAUUACAUUUUUUCACACUUAGCUACUCCCUUCAAGAACAACCCUAGGCAGCGAAAGCUAUUCGAAAAUUUCUUUACCUGGGGUUUUGAUCUGUUUCUCGAAGUCUGUGUGGAGUAAAAAAAACCAACGGCAAGUCUUUUCACGCGUCAAUGAAUACGCGAAACGCCUUCUCAGGGCUGAUGUCCUGACGCACAGAAAGCAGUUACAACUUGCUGAGCUGGAAGUAGGAAAAAACAUCCGCAAAUCUGUGUCCGAUGCUCGCAGGUUAGUGACAAGUUUCUGCGAUACGGCGGAACGGUUUGUUGAGCGCGUGGAAGAAGACUUGAAAUAUAUCAAGCCCGAUAACUCCGCUUUCGAAAAGGAGGUCCUAAAGCUAAGAAAAGACUCCGUAAACCUUUAUAGACCCAUUGUCAAAGCAGAGAGAUGGUUCUCUGGGGAAGGGAAGGGUGAGUGCUUUGGCUGUGCCGAGCGGAAAUGCCAGUUCAAACAAAACGACAAAUCUUUAGGUAAAGAGCUGUUUAGGAGGGCUUACCAUCAGAAAUUCAAUACAUUUUCCCGCAAACCGAAGAAGAAUUGCGCCGAGCGCAAGAAAAAAUAUUCGAAAAAAACCUAGGCUCCUCCCGUUCAAGUUGUGAGGACAAUUUAUCCAGCACCUCUCAAUGUGUUCGAAAACCAACUCGGCCGGUCAAAGUACCUACAACUGGAGGCAAACGCCAGAAGGGCAAAACCAAAAGUACAUGUACGAAUUGACAAUUAGAUAACUCGUCUCCGGUCGCGUUCGAAUUGGAGUCGAGUUAUCCCUACAGAGCAAGAGAUUUUGCCUGGCCUGUCAACAAAAAUGUAAGUGUUAUAGAAAAGUACGAUAAACUUGUUCGCUUUCGACGUGAAAAACGUGCAGUCAGACAAUACGACCAAGUUUUGCAUUUUUUUAACACUCGAACUAAUUUGAAAUUGAAGCAGAUCGUCAAGAAGUUUCAAUAAACAGAUCAAAAUAUCAUGUAGAAAGAACUAGUUCGCGUAAUAUACCGUGGAGACGCUGCUUGAAGGGUACCUGUAUAGAACGGCGUACAUCUAUACUAUAAUGCGCGUUGUGGCCGCUAAAUAGGAGGCGAUUUUUGUUUCAAAAUUGGGCCUCGAAAAUGCCUCGAAUUUUUGCAACUUUUGGUUUCGUAGGUGUGGAUCAUAAGUAAGAGUGUCACUGAGGGUGUCAUACGUCGAAUAUCUUGGUGGUUUUGGAAUAAAUAACAACUUUUCAGAGAGCACGUCGACUGGAGAGCUCCGCUCAUUCUCAAAAGCAUACACAAACUUCACGCAUUUUCUCCCUGCCACAUCAGUAUUAGCUUCCAGCACGUAUGUAGUGCUAUACAACCUGGUCCAUGGUGCAGGGUAUUAGCAGGGAGAUUAAUGAUUAGCCUGUUCUAUUUUAGUUCUAUUCGAGAAACACUGACCUGAGUGAUAAGGCAAAUUCUGCAGAGUGGCCUACCGGAACAUGCAGUCAGGGUAUCAAUAAACAGUUAUGCCAGGAUGGACAAAAUAUGUACAGUGGCCAGCGCUUGCUCUUUGAUUUAUUCUUUACUGACUGAUGUUGUCAGUUUGAAUUGCGUUCUGCAUCUCUCCAUGCGCCUGGCUUUGGUCCGACAGUGGCAUUGGGUACGGGAGUGGGUAGGUGAUAUGCCUAAUAUGUGGGGGCCUUAUUUGGAACAGGACCUGCUGUCACUGGUCUCAAUGCAUUGUGCAAAAUAGCGUACUCCAAUCAAUCUAUUAGGGGUUGCAUGUAGAUAGCAGCAAUAAGUCCCUAAAUGCAGUUAAUUUCGUGUUUAACCUUUAAUAAAACUUCAGUAACGUUAGAAACUUAAUGUAGCUCAAUCAUCGUGCCCAUUUAACUAAUGUAUAUUACAUUUCAACUUUGCCCGCUCCAUGGGUAUAUGCUACACAAACUUCACGCAUAUUCUCCCUGCCACAUCAGUAUUAGCUUCCAGCACGUAUGUAGUGCUAUACAACCUGUUCCAUGGUGCAGGGUAUUAGCAGGGAGAUUAAUGAUUAGCCUGUUCUAUUUUAGUUCUAUUCGAGAAAAACUGACCGGAGUGAUAAGGCAAAUUCUGCAGGGUGGCCUACCGGAACAUGCAGUCAGGGUAUCAAUAAACAGUUAUGCCAGGAUGGACAAAAUAUGUACAGUGGCCAGCGCUUGCUCUUUGAUUUAUUCUUUACUGAUUGAUGUUGUCAGUUUGAAUUGCGUUCUGCAUCUCUCCAUGCGCCUGGCUUUGGUCCGACAGUGGCAUUGGGUACGGGAGUGGGUAUGUGAUAUGCCUAAUAUGUGAGGCCCUUAUUUGGAACAGGACCUGCUGUCACUGGUCUCAAUGCAUUGUGCAAAAUAGCGUACUCCAAUCAAUCUAUUGGGGGUUGCAUGUAGAUAGCAGCAAAAAGUCCCUAAAUGCAGUUCAUUUCGUGUUUAACCUUUAAUAAAACUUCAGUAACGUUAGAAAUUUAAUGUAGUUCAAUCAUCGUGCCCAUUUAACUAAUGUAUAUUACAUUUCAACUUUGCCCGCUCCAUGGGUAUAUGCUUGUUAGUAGAAUUGGGUCUAGAUGUGAAACUCUUGCACCAACACUGACUAAAUAGCCUCUUCACAAUAUAUUAAUAGUCGUAAUCAUUCUCAAGUUUCACGAAUCUUGUUAAGACUGCUUGAUCGGAUGCUAAGAAAUCUUAACAAAGGCCCAAGUUGGAACAUGGUAGUGCCGAUUGUCACACAACUUUCUGUCACACGAAGUUAUUUUUAACUCGCAUUGAAUAUACUCCCAAGCUUCGCGAGCAACCAUCGAUCCUACAGGUAUAUUCAUUUUCUAUUCAGAACCAGAUUUACAUGUAUAUCACCAAAACUGGAGUAUACCUUGCAUUGUGCACAAGGCCUACUCAUAAUUAUGGUAGUAUAUAAAAGUUGAAAUGAGCCAAAUGAAUAUACUAGUAUAGUUAGACUUGUAUCAGUAAUAAUCAUCCGGAUGUUCAAAAGACAAGCGUUCGAUCUUCACAAUCUUCUUGUUGUUCAUUAGUGAAGUAAAAUGUAAAAUAUAUUCGCUGUAGCUUAUGAUCAUCUUCUUCUUCCCGAUGCAAGAUCAAACCAACCGAGCUAAAUUUCGAUCGAGACACUUUACAAUUUAUUGGACAAGAUUUAGUCCAGUCUCAGAAGCGUUUUACUUAUUUUUCAAGCUUCCUAAGAUACAUGUACAUACUGUUUCUGUUUUAUUUGCUUGAUGUUCACUUUCCUUCUCCAAUUGUUCAUGCACAAUGUAGUUUUUCAUUUUGAGCGCAAAAUAGAAGACACAUGUACCUUUAUAGA